AUUUCCCUUGUGGCUAGGUUGGAAGCCACUCCUAUUUUGAGAACAUUACACUACUGUUAAUGUACUUCUGCUCUUUGUCUACUGUAUAAACAUUGGAGGGAUGAGAACACUGCCUGUUCCUGCUCAGGGGCUUCUCGCCUUGCUGUGCUUGUUCUCUUUUGAGUCUGUGCAAGCUGGAAAGGUGCUUGUCUUACCAGUGGAUGGCAGCCAUUGGUUGAGCAUGAAGAUCCUAGUGGAAGAGCUGUCUAAUAGGGGACAUGAGAUGGUCGUUCUGGUCCCUGAAACUAGUAUUCUGAUAAAAAAAUCUGGGAAAUACAGCACCAAGACUUAUCCUGUCUCCUUCACCCAUGAUGAUCUGGCUGAAAAUUUGAAAGAGAUACAGAACAGUGCAUUGGAGAAGGCUCCCAAGUUAACUGAUAUUGUUGUCAAUUUCAGGAAUCUAUUGCAAUUCCUAACUAUGCAGUCGAAAACAUGUGAAGGACUGCUGUACAACGAGCCUCUGAUGAAGAGUCUAAGAGAAAUGGGAUUUGAUGCUAUGCUCACGGAUCCUUUCCUGCCCUGUGGCACUAUCAUUGCUGACUCCUUCUCGAUUCCUGCUGUUUACUUCUUGCGUUUGAUUCCUUGUCGUCUUGAUGAAGCAGCUGCUCAGUGUCCUUCACCUCCUUCUUUUAUGCCUCGCUACUCCAGUGGUUUUACAGAUAAGAUGACUUUCCCUCAGAGACUAGUAAACACACUUUUGACAGUUGUUGAAGGUUUCCUUUGCCGCAGCAUGUAUGAAUCUGCAGAUGAACUGGCCUCUAAAUAUUUGCAGAAGGAAACUACCUACGCAGAGCUGUUAGGUCAUGGUGCAGUUUGGCUUUUAAGGUAUGACUUUGCCUUUGAGUUCCCUAGACCGCAAAUGCCCAAUAUGGUCCAGAUAGGUGGAAUCAACUGUGUAAAGAGGGCUCCACUGACCAAGGAACUGGAGGAGUUUGUGAACGGCUCUGGAGAGCACGGGUUUGUUGUCUUCACUCUGGGCUCCAUGGUGUCACAGCUACCCGAAGCCAAAGCCAGAGAGUUCUUUGAGGCAUUUAGACAGAUACCUCAGAGAGUGUUGUGGAGAUACACUGGACCAGUCCCAGAAAAUGCACCAAAGAAUGUCAAAUUAAUGAAAUGGCUGCCACAGAAUGACCUCUUGGGCCAUCCUAAGGUUAGGGCUUUUGUUACACAUGGUGGAUCACAUGGAAUCUAUGAAGGAAUCUGUAAUGGAGUGCCUAUGGUGAUGCUUCCUCUGUUUGGAGACCAAGGGGAUAAUGCUCAGCGUUUGGUGUCUCGAGGAGUCGCAGAAAGCCUGACUAUCUAUGAUGUGACCUCCGAAAAACUGCUGGUUGCAUUGAAGAAAGUCAUCAAUGAUAAAAGCUACAAGGAGAAGAUGAUGAAGCUCUCUGCCAUUCAUAGAGACCGUCCAAUUGAACCACUGGACCUGGCUGUGUUCUGGACUGAGUUUGUCAUGAGACACAAAGGAGCAGAGCAUCUCAGACCUGCAGCCCAUGACCUGAACUGGAUUCAGUAUCACUCUCUGGACGUCAUCGGCUUCCUUCUUCUUAUUCUAUUGACUGUUAUUUUUGUGACUGUCAAAAGCUGCAUGUUCUGUUUCAGAAAGUGCUUCAAGAAAUCUCAGAAGAAGAAGAAGGCAUAAAAACAUGACAAAAUGUGAUAGUUUUGUGCCUUUUUUGUGGGGUGAUCAUGCAGGGAACAGUUUAAUUAUUUAAUUAAUAUUGUGUUUAGGCUCUAUACGACCCCAGACCCUCUUCAAGUGAAAAACAAAAAGUUGUUGUUUUUUCAGGACUUUUCUUAAUUACAUAAGAACUAUGAAAUUGAGACUUUAAAAUGUGCUUAUUACAUAAUUACAAUGUUUCUGUGUUUUUACUACUUUAAUGUCUUCAUGGCCUGGAUAAAUUACUUGAAUAAAGCCUCACAAAAUUA